AUGUUUUGUUUUGUUUACAUUCUUUGUUUUGUUUGUUUGUUUUUUCUUUCUUUUUAUUUCAACCUUUCUUUCUUUCUUUCUUUCUUUUUCUUUCUUUCUAUUCCUUAUUUUAAUUCCUUAGUUUUUCUUUUUUCAUCUUUCAACAGAUUUAUUAUUUUUGAAGAUUUGUUUGUUUUUUGUUUCUUGUUUCUUUCUUUCUUUCUUUUCUUUUUUUGUUUAUUUGUUUACAUUUUUCUUUGUUUAUUUGUUUGUGGAUGCAGUUUCUUUCACGCCUCUUGUUUAAAUUUCUUUCUUUUCUUUGUUUCUAUCCUACAAAAUUCUUUAGUUUAUUCUUUCUUUCCCCAACAGAUUUUCUUUGUUUAUUUAUUUGGUUUGUUUUUUGUAUCUUUCAAGUUCUUUUUUUCUUUCUUUCCUUUCUUUGUUUCUUUCUAUAUACACAGACAUAUUCUUUUCUUUAUUUGUUUUUUCUUUCUUUUUUUCUUUUUUUAUUUUAUCAGAAAGUUCUUUUUUUUCUUCUUUCUUUCUUUCUUUCUUUCUUUGUUUAUCUAUUUCAGAAAAAUUUCUUUUUUUAUUUGUUUUCAUUCUUUUUUUUGUUUGUUCAUGUUUAUUUUUGUUUCUUUCUUUUUUUUUUUUGUUUGUUUUUUUAUAUUCAAAAGAAACCUCUGUCUUUCUUGUUUCUUUCUUUCUUUUUUUCUAUAUCAUCUUUCUUUCUAUUUGAAUUUUUUCUUUCUUUCUUUCUUUUCUUUCUUUCUUCUAUAUUUUCUUCCUCUCUUGAUUUCUUUCUUUCUUUGUUUUUCUAAAAGUUCUUUUCCUUUUUGUAACAUCUUUAAAUUCUUUUUCUUUCAUUUUUCUUUUUUCUGGAUUUCUUUCUUUCUUUCUUUUUUUUUUUCCUUCUUUUUCAACUCAAUCCUUGACAAAUUCUUAAGUUUCUUUUUUCAUCCCCAACAUUUUAUUUAUUUCUUUAUUAUCUUAUUUGUAUAUAAAUUCAUUUAUCUUUCUUUGAAUUGCAUUUGUUUUGUCUUGUUUAUUUGUUUCUUUUUAUUUGUUUUUUGUUUAUUUCUUUUCUUUUUUUUCUUUUCUUUCUUUCUUUCUUUUCUUUCUUUCUUUCAUCUUUCUUUCUUUCUUUCUUUCUUUUUAUUCUUUCAUCUUUAUCAUAUUUGUUUAUUUGUUUCUUUGGUUUUUUGUUUUUUUUCUUUCUUAAAACAGUUUGUUUAUUUAAAUUUCUUUCUUUCUUUUUCUUUUCUUCUUUCUUUUCUUUUUCUUUGUUUAUCUAAAUUCUUCCAUUUAAAGAUUUUAUUUGUUUUCUUUUUUUUGUUUCUUUUUCUUUCUUUGUUUUUCUUUUUAAGAAAAUUCUUUCUUUUCUUUUUCUUUCUUUCUUUCUUAUCUUUAUUUAUUCUUCCUUUUAAAGUUUCUGUUUUUUCUUUAUUUGUUUAUUUGUUUCUUUGUUUUCUUUGUUUGUUCUUUUUUUUUCUUUCUUUCAGAGAAAGUAAUUUUCCUCUUUUUUCUUUUUCUUUUUGUUUCUUUAUUUUUUCUUUGUCAGCCCUUUGUUUCUUUUUUUUUUCCUUUCUUUUUUUCUAUAUCAGAGAAAAUUUUUUCUUUUGUUUUUUUUUUUUUUUUUUUUUCUUUUUUUUAUUUAUAUUCUUUCUUUUCUUUCUUUCUUUUUUUUCUUUCUUUUCUUUGUUUAUCUAUAUUCCUUUCUUUCCUUUGUUUUCUUUCUUUCUUUUUCUUUCUUUCUUUCUUUGUUUUCUUAUUGCUCUUUCUUUCUUCCUUUUUCCCUUUCUUUCUUUCUUUCUUUUUCCUUCUUUCUUUCUUUGCUCGCUUACAGUUCUUCCUUUUAGCCCUUUUUUUUUUUCUCGCUUACACUGCUUCUUUUUAGCCCUUUCUUUUUUCCUUUCUUUCUUUCUUUCUUUCUUUCUUUCUUUCUUUCUUUCUUUGCUCGCUUACAGUUCUUCCUUUCUUCCUUUCUUUCUUUCUUUCUUUCUUUCUUUCUUUCUUUCUUUCUUUCAUUGCUCACUUACAGUUCUUCCUUUUAUCCCUUUCUUUCUUUCUUUCUUUUUCUUUCUUUCUUUCUUUCUUUCUUUCUUUCUCCUUUGCUCGCUUAUAGUUCUACCUUGUGCCCUUUUCUGUUUUUUUUUAACAAUUCUUUCACUGAUUUGA